AUGGCACGAGAAAUAAAUCUUCAGAACCUCCUAAUCGAACUAGCCAUAGAGGCAAGAAUAGAAAUAACUUGGGCAAUAGAUGAUGAAGACCAGGAUAGUUUGCCAAGUACCAAUUAUACUGAAAAUGAAAACAAAGUUGCUGAAGGUUUGAAGUUUGAAGAAAAUAUUAAAAAUUAUAAUUCCUACCCUCGCUUUAAUAAAGAUUGGAAUAAGCCUGACCAAAAUGACCUAUUUGCGGACUUCUAA